UUUAAAUAAAUACCUACUUGUGAACCUUAUUCUGAUAUCUUCGAGAAAAUUAGUAUAAAUAAGGUGACAGGUCGUUUCUGUGAUAGAACUCGGGGACUCAUCACAAUGUUUAAAUCAGCUUUGUUGAUUUUGAGCUGCGUCGUGGUGGCUGUUAUAACGCAGUCAAUAGAAUGUUCAGGGCGCAACGAACAUUACGAGUGUGGUAGUGCUUGCCAAACUACAUGCGCCACGCUGGGCCAGGAAUGCCCUAUUGCGAACUCGCGAUGCAAUGACGGCUGCUAUUGUGACGAAGGUUAUGCAAGAAAUGACGAUGGGGAAUGCAUACCUAUUGAUGACUGCCCCUAGUAGUCAGAGCUUGGUUGGGUCCACGGUGCUAAGUGCAAUAGCAUAAGACAUGUUGUUUGUUUGUCUUCAGAUGUUUACUUUUUGCAUUUAUGUAAGUUUAUCAUAUAGGGUCAUUUCGCCUGUUCGCGACCAUCGCCCAGUUCGCGUCCAUUUUGCCGAUCUCCUUUAAAAAAACUUCGAAAACAAGAUAAUUAACACACCAAUCAAACGAAAGAUCAUUACCGCUAAUACGUUAAUGUAUAAGAGGCACGCACAGAUAGACAAAAGUUCUGUGCGUCCAACCAAUCCUUUUAGAAAAAAUAAUUAGUCUAGGCUCUUCAACAAGAAAGCGCAAACACGUUGAAUUUUAGAUAAAAAUUAGUGUGCAGCGGCGUGUUUGAUGGUAAGUUUUAUAUUGUUUUAUGUGAAUUUUAGGAUAGAUAGCUAUUUCUACAGUUUAAUGAUGAAUAAAGGUAUAAUGUUUUUUAUGAA